AUGGCGGAGCCAGAGAAGAGGAUUGAGACGGAAUCACCGUUCCACAAGGACGGCGCCGAGCACCACGACGAGAGCAAAAAGAGCAUCGCGGAACUCACCCGGAACCUCGAGGGCGAGAUCAAGAACCCGCUCAAGGGCAUCCCCAAAGCCGAGCUCCUCGAGCGCGUCACCGUCUACCAGCAAGCCCACGGCCUGCCCGACGACAUCCUGCCGCUGUUGAAAAAGGGCGCGCUCGUCGCCCAGAACCCGGCCCUCUUCGAGUCCAUUGAGGAGCUCGACGAGGGCGAGAGGGACGCGCUGCGGCAGGAGGUGACGCACCGGUGGAAGCACCCCUGGGCGCUUUACUACACCAUCAUCCUCAACUCCAUUGCGGCCGCUAUCCAGGGAUGGGAUCAG